UAUAGAAUGCUGCUGAAACAGACAAAAACAUGUUUAUUUCUAGUAUAGUAUAAAAGAUGAUUAUACAAUAGAGAAUCAUAUGGUAAGGUUUUGUUGUAUUGUUUAAAAAAAAUACUUAAAUGAUAGAGAGAGAGAGAGAGUGUUGUGUUGAUGGAAAAAAAAAAAAAAAAAAGAGAGUGUUGUGUUUGAUUGCAAAACUCCAAAGUUUGACGCUUUGACCCACUCACUUGGGAGUUGGAGCUCAGAAGACACAGUCACUCCACUCUUUACUCUUUUUUUUUUUUUUUUUUUAAUUUCCCCACACCACACCACACGAGGGAAGAAGCAACUUUGAGAAUUUAGAGAAGAGGAGAAAGAAGCUUAGGUAUGGAGUGGAGUGGUACUGGAGUGAUGAUGAUGAUGAUGAUGGUAAGGUAGUUGAGAAAGAAAGCCUUUUUAGAUUUGCUAAAGUCCAAGACAAGAAACCAAACAUCCUUUUGUACACAACACCAAGACAACAAAAGCAGUGUUUCUUUUUUCCUGCCAAAGAGAAGAUUAAGAGAGAGAGAGAGAGACAAGGUCUCAUCGACCAAAGAGUGUGUUUCCAUGGAUGUGUACGAAGCAACUAGGGUCGUGCUCUCUAGAAUCCAGAGCUUAGACCCAGCUAAUGCUUCCAAGAUCAUGGGCCUCCUCCUCCUUCAGGAUCACGGAGAGAAGGAGAUGAUAAGGUUAGCUUUCGGGCCUCAGAAUCUACUUCAUUCUGUCAUAGCCAAGGCCAAGAAAGAUCUCGACGAGCGGCUUUCUUUCUUGGCUCCGAGAACCGGCGGUUGCGUUUCCGACGAUUUAGGGUUCGGAUGGGGACAGUACUCCUACGCUGACUGCAAAUUAGACAUCCAUCAUCAAAGCUCUGUUCCUCCGAGACUUGCCCAUCAGUUCACCGGUUAUCCAUUCUCCCCCAAAGGUGUUAACUUGCAGCAGAGUGAAGCCAAAAGAGCUGCUGCUCUGAUGAUGGGCGAUGACUUGCACAAGUUGGGAAGAUGGAGGCCAGAGAGGAUCGACCUUUCGGCCAUGGCCUGCCCGGCUUCCAGACAGAUCUAUCUGACUUUCCCGGCUGACAGUAUCUUCAGGGAAGAAGAUGUUUCCGACUACUUCAGCAUGGUGGUGCAGUACUUUGGGCCAGUUCAGGACGUGAGGAUACCGUUCCAGCAGAAGAGGAUGUUUGGGUUCGUGACCUUCAUGUACCCAGAUACGGUGAAGAGCAUUCUGGCCAAAGGGAACCCUCACUUUGUGUGUGAUUCCAGGGUUCUUGUUAAGCCUUACAAGGAGAAAGGCAAAGUCCCAGACAAGUACAGGACUAAGCCAUCUGCGACCGGCCUUGAUUCCAGGGACAUUAUGGAUUUCCAGCUUGGAGGGAGGGCUUUUCAUGACAACACCCAAGAUCUGUUGUGGAAAAGGAGGUUUGAAGAGCGAGCUCUUGAGCUUCAGAGCACGAGGCUGAUGAAUCUGCAGCUUCUAGACGUCAAGAAACAGUUUCAACUCAGUUUCGACCAAACAUUUGUUUCUCCACGACUAGUUUCAAGAAACCAGAGAGUGUGUACCAAAGAGAAUGAUGAGGUUGCAAUCAAACUUCCAGAGAGCUUGGAGGAUGAUAGGCUGGUAGAUAGCCCAUUUGCAUCACCCACACAGCAUUGUCUCGAGUUUGAAGAGUGUGCAGACACAAACGGUUCUCGCUUGUCGUCGCCGUAUUUUGAUGAUGAUGAGUCUAGUACAAGUACAUUGAAAGACUCUCUCAAGUCCUUCAACUGCCAAAUGCCGAGGUUAUCAAUGAUGGGGAUAUCACAGGGCAGCAGCGGACCAACAACAUGUCGCGUUGGGAUCUAAACCUAUUCAAAACAACUAACCAGUUACCAGUGGUAGGUAGGCUGUUGAGAGAGAGAGAGAGAGAGAGGAGUAAAUUUGGUUAUAGUAAUAUGAAAAUGGAAGAGAUUAUAUGUAUCCCAAUGUAAAAAAAGUCCUUUGGCAUGUCAUUGCAGGAAGAGAAGAUUAACCACAAAAAAAAAAAGUGAUGAGCAAGUAGUGAGACGUGGGGGAAGGUUGUUUCUUGUACCGUUCAUUAAACAAGAGUGUUAGUAAAUGAGUCCGUGAAUGUUAUGGAAUGGACCACAGCCCACAGGCGAUCUUAAUAUAUAAUAUCACAAGAAGAGACUGAUAAAUCACCAGAAAAAGAAAGGUAGGCUUGUCUUUUUUUGGUAUCCCUCAAUCAUAUAUACAUACAUCUAUGCUAAUUAAGUUGUAAUCACUUUGAGGGAACAUAUCAAGAAGACUCAAAGUGUGUUGUCGUUUAUCACUGUUAUAAAAACAAGUUAUUGGUUACU